UUAACACAUCUUCUCCUCACUCACAUUCAAUUGCAUGCAUCACUGAAGAGGGAAAUUAUUCACAAGCAUUUCCGCAUUUCGUCGACUGCUCUUACCUUAGUUGGUAUGGAGGGUGAUAGGCAUUUCAGUCAUCCUCAUCCAAUGACUUCCUUUGUAGUAGAUGAGAUGGAAGCUGAUAACUAUCAUUCUUGCAAAAUUUGUGGUUUGCCAAUUCUAUCUGCUCCCUCCUACACUUGCACCAUUGCUGCUUGUGAUUUUUUUCUGCACGAAUCAUGUGCGCAUAAAUUCCAACAAAAAACUAUCCAUCCCAAUCAUAAGCCGCGACAUAAAGUCCACACCCUUUGUCUCCAAGAAGGAAGUCCCAAUUUCACAUACAAAUGUGAGGAUUGCGAUUUUGAAAUGCAUCCUUUGGCAGCAGUGGAUGGUGUUGAGAUCAUAACCAAACACAAGAGCCAUCCACCUCACCCGCUCGUGGCUCACUGUAGAGAUAUUUUGUCUUUGUGCGAUGCCUGUGGGGAGCGACAUGAUGGUUUCUUCUUCUCGUGCCAACUCUGUAAUUUCUGGAUUCAUCAAGCCUGCACCAUACUGCCUACCGCUCUCAUUCUCUCCUCUGAUCCUGAACCCUACCUUCUUGCUUAUUCUAUUACUGUCCGAAUGAUUGAGUGCAUAGUUUGUGACAAACCCUUGCUUCUUUCCCAUAACGCCAUCUAUUUUUGCCCCCAAACUGUGAGAUUUUCUCAUGUCAAAUGUGGACUCCAGAAGAUUCAAUCCAAAACAAGGCUAGAGUUGAUCCAACUGCCACACGACGACUUGGACACAUUUCCAAGUUUGGAGAUCCGUACAUACUCCCACAGAAACCAAGCUCAUAAUAUUGGUGAUGAAGACAAGAAGCUUGCAAUGGAGAAUUUUCACAAGCAUCCUUUAAUGCUAGUUGGUGACGAGGAAGAGGAUCAUACUUAUAAGUAUAAUCACAAACUAGUUCUAGUGUGUGAUAUAUGCACACAAACCAUUACUAUUCCAUCUCCAUUUUACAGAUGCGCUCAACAAACUGGUGGCUGCUCUUUUUAUGCCCAUAAAGUCUGUGCAGACCUUCUCCCCGUUCUCAAGUUUGAGAUUCCAAAUGAUGAGAGCAACAAAGCAUUUAAGGCACAACCUUGUCUGUACCCGGACAAAUGGUUCUUCAGUUCAAUAUUUUUCUGUGUUUUCUGCUCUCUUCCUAGCAAUGCAGCUUGCUAUCACUUUCCUGAUGAUGAUUUAGGUGUCUUGAUGGUUGAUCUGUCGUGCAUGGCUGCCCCAAGCAUUAUAAAGCACAGCUCACACAGCCAAUACCUUCUCUUUCGCACCACCCGCCAUUCGAGGGCCUACCCCCUCAGUUGUUGUUCCCGCGGCUCCUUCAUUCAUGAUGUUUAUAGGUGCACUAACUGCGAUUUCUACAUUCAUAUAAGUGAUCAAGACAUAUGCGAGGUGUGUGAGGAAGGAAUAGAGUGCAAGUAUUGGUUCUACCACUGUGCAAAAUGUGACUACUCUUUCCACGUAAACUGCAUUCCCUCGCUUGGCUAUUUGUCCAAAGUCAAGUUCGGAGGCAAAUUUGAUAUUCCUUGUCACUCUCAUCCUCUCACCCUUACACGGAUGCUUGCCUACGGAAGAAAUGAGAAGUGUGGGCAUUGCCACAAAAUCAUUCCAGGAUUGGUAGAUCAAGCGGCUUUCUCAUGCUCACAAUGCGAUUAUUGGAUUCAUUUUUCUUGUGCAAGGGAUUCAUUCACAUCCUCUCACAAUUGUAGAUCCUUAGUUUUCGAGGAAUUCAAUAUACCGGGGUGGUAUGAUAUUUUGUUGAAGAUUGAAGAUUAUUAAUUGAUAGUGUAUAAUGUAUAUUGUAAUUGUGGAGGAGAUGGAUUUACUGUGUUUAAGAACCUACGUACGUACUUGUUUAUAUUAUGAUGCGGGUGAUGUGUGUGUAUUUUAAUGAAUUUGGUCCCUUUUUCUAAAAUCUCUCAAAGAAUAUCCUAUUCUGCCUACUGUCACUAAUGGAACCAGCAUAUGGCCAAACCCUCGCUCCAGCGGGGGCUUGUCUGGU